AUGUCGAAACGUUACUUAGAGGAUUCUGCAGAUGAAAGCACUUCGACAAGUGCCUAUCGAAUAUCAAAGAAGAUCUUUUGGCCUGUCCUAGCCGGAACGGCAGCCAUCGUUAUUGUUCUUCUCGUAUUAACGAUUUAUUUUGGUGUGAAUCAAAAGCGUUCGAGCAAUGUUGACAACGAAAUACGUACAACGUUAACCAGCACUUCAUUCGGAACAACCACGACAACAUCUUCGCCACCAGUCGUGCGUAUACCGACUAGUUUACAACAACAACUCUACCAACUGACUAUUGAACCCAAUUUAGAUCACGAGAGCUUCACGGGUAAACUUUUCUUUACGUUCAAAUGUAUCGAACCGACAAACCAACUCUUUCUUCACUUGAUAAAUUUAAAUCUUACUACUUCAUCUAUAAAAAUUGUCAAUUCGACCUCUGGCUCCACGCCGAUAUUUGUGUCAUUGGUAUAUGACAGCUACAAUGAAUUCGCAAUAAUGAAUUUUUCGUCGAACUUCCAAUUGGAGUAUACUUACACUAUUUCUAUAGUGUACACCGGUGUUAUCAAUCGUGAUUUAAACGGUCUGUACUUAAGUGAUUAUAUUGAUGCCAAUGGACAAGACCGUGUCUUCAUGACUUCACAAAUGGAACCGACUCACGCACGACGAGUUCUUCCAUGUAUUGAUGAGCCCGCACGGAAAGCGAGUUUUCAGAUUAGUAUUCAGCAUGAUUCAACAUAUACUGUCUGGUCUAAUGCAGAAGUUGAACGAGUUGACACAUUAAAAGAUGGUCAACUCGUGUCGCACUUUCAUCGAACAUUAAACAUGUCAACAUUUCUUUUAGCAAUGAUUAUGGCUCCAUCGUCUGACUUUUCGUGUCGACCGUAUCGUACGAUUAACUCUACAGGCAUCAGAUCGAGAGUAUGUGGACGUGUAGAUAUUCUUCCACAAUUAGCAUAUGCUGAUGAAGUGGCCUAUGACGUUGUGGAGUUUUUCAAUAACUACUUUGGCAUCGACUAUCCGCUGACGAAAAUCGAACACUUCGCUGUUCCUGAUUUUACUGGUGGAGCAAUGGAGAAUUACGGUUUGCUAAUAUACAAUGAAGUGGGAUUGUUUUUCGACGAGAAAACCGUGCCUGCAUCAUUGAAACAGAGUAUAACUACAUUAAUUGCUCACGAGGUAGCUCAUCAAUGGUUUGGUAAUUUAGUUUCACCUUCUUGGUGGGGUGAUUUGUGGUUGAAAGAAGGCUUUGCCAGUUAUAUGGAAACGUUAGCCGCUGAUGCUGUUCAACCGACAUGGAAACAACAAGAACAAUUCGUUGUUGACAAGAUCUUCGACUUCAUGGAAGCAGACUCAUUGCCAACAUCACGGCCAAUUAGUAUUGAGUCUACCAAUCCAGAUGAUAUAUUUCAAUUGUACGAUUCGAUCACUUAUAGUAAAGGAGCAUCUGUCAUUCGUAUGAUGUCGAUGUUUUUGGGUGCAGAAAUAUUUCAACGUGGUAUUCAAGAAUAUUUGAAAAAGUAUAGCUAUAGUUCAGCAACACAGGAAAAUCUAUGGACGUCAUUGAGUGAAGCUAAGAAUAAUACUAUCAAAGUUGCGGAAAUCAUGAAUGGAUGGAUACGACAAGCUGGUUAUCCCGUUGUGGAAGUGAAUCGAAUUAACGACUUCAGCGGUACUCGAAUAGUUAUUAGUCAACGACCGUUCAAUCUCUUGUCAUCAACAAUUACACAGCAGAAAUGGUGGAUUCCAUUCAAAUACGUACAACAAUCAUUGAACAAAGAAUUAUCGGAAAGCGAACUUUUCUGGUUGAAUGAUACAAGUCAAGAAUUGAAUACCAGUAUAGCAAGUACAAAUUGGAUCUUGGCGAACCCAGGUUAUCUCGGUAUUUAUCGAACAAAGUAUGAUGCACACAAUUUUCGUUUAAUUAUCAAUCAACUUCACGCAGAUCAUACGCGCAUUCCAAAUAUUAAUCGUGGCGCUUUAAUCGAUGAUACCUUUGCGCUUUCACGUGCAGGUUUAAUCAACGCAACGGAUGCCUAUGAGUUAAUCCGGUAUCUCAAACGAGAAACAGACUAUGUCCCGUGGAUAGCAGCACUUUCUUCUAUGCGUCAACAGGAAGAAUUACUUUCCAACCAGAACAUUCUGGUGGAUGCGCAAACUUAUUUCCUCGAACUCAUUCUUCCAAUUUACAAUCGAAUUGGAUGGAUGUCAAUCGAUUCUACUACAGAUUGGCUCCAAGUCCUUUUACAACCAGAUAUUGUUUCAGCGGUUUGCCAUUAUCGUCAUUCGGCGUGUAUUGAAGCAGCACGUAGUGCUUAUCGCCGAUGGUAUUUAAAUCCGAGCCUCAACGAAAUUCCUCCAGAUCUUCGUUCGACUGUUUAUUGUACGGUCGUUCGCGAAGGUUCAAAAUCUGUCUUCGACUUCUUCUGGACUCGUCUCGCACAAGAAACAGUGGCGAGUGAAACAUUAAAUCUUCUUCGAGGACUUGCUUGUGUCGAAAAUCCAUCGUUGGUUAUUUGGUUUCUUGAUCAACAUCUGACGAAUGAUUCGAUAAUUCGUGAUCAAGAUAUUCUUUGGUCAGUUGUGAAUGUCGCUCGUUCAGCACGAGUCAAUCAAAUCGCUUGGAACUGGAUUCGUGAUAAUUGGUCGAGACUUUUUCAAAAAUGGGGUAAGAUAGAGAGCGAUUUGGGAGAUGUUAUCGAAGCUGCAUCAAGUCGGUUUGUUACUACUCGACAACAAGAUGAAUUCCAAACAUUUGCCGACUCAAUUCCUGAUAAAGGCACAGCCUCUCGUCAAUUUCAAUUAUCUACGGAUCGAAUUCGUGCAAAUGUUGAAUGGAAUAUCAAAAAUCUCGGUUCGAUCGUUGCAUAUUUUCGUUCCAACAACCAAUCUACAGUUAUCAAUUAUCGCCUACCGUCGGAUAUUAGGCCCAUUCAUUAUGAUCUUUUCGUUAAACCUUAUUUGAACAUCACUAAUGAUAAUAUUCGUUCAUCUACCUUCGAUGGACGAGUUAGUAUCCAACUAAACGUAUCUCAUCCGACCAACCAGAUUAUUUUACACAAACGUUUUAUCGAAAUCAAAGAUCCAGUGGAAAUUACUGGUUCUGUAUCUGUUGUUUCCACGAGUUUUAACGAAGAUCUGGAUUUUUUUACGAUCGUACUCAAUCGAACACUUCAAAUCAAUGAGCAACCAACUCUAAGAAUAAAUUACAUCGGUGAAUUACGAAGCGACACCAAUGGUUUUUAUCUUAGCUCAUACGUACGAUCAUCCGAUAAAGUUCGACGAUAUCUAGUUGCAUCACAGAUGGAACCGAUCGCAGCACGACGAGCUCUCCCAUGUUUCGACGAGCCAAUGUUCAAAGCUACAUUUACGGUCACCGUCGAACACGAACAACAGUAUCGAGUAUGGAGCAAUAUGCCGAUUCGAAAUAGUAGCAAUCAAUUGAAUGGUUGGACGUCGACGCAAUUUGAAAAAACAGUGCCGAUGUGUUCGUAUCUGUUGGCAUUAGUUGUUGCUGAUUUUGAAUGUAUUACACAAAACAAUACAGGAUUCUAUAGAAAUAUCACGACCAAUGUAUGUGCACAAACCGAAAAGAAAGAAUCGUUAAGUUAUGCACUCGAAAUUGCCGCGAAGAGUAUUCACGAUUUUGAAGAACAAUAUCAAAUCAGCUAUCCUAUAUCCAAAUGUGAUCAUAUCGCUAUACCUGACUUCGAUGCUGGUGCAAUGGAGAAUUUCGGCUGCAUUCUUUAUCGAGAAACACGACUCUUCUAUAACAAUCGAACAUCGUCAUCAUCUAAUAAACAAAAUGUUGCUGCCGUCAUUGCACAUGAACUUGCUCAUCAAUGGUUCGGUAACCUUGUUUCACCGGCAUGGUGGAAUGAUUUAUGGUUGAAUGAAGGCUUUGCCAAAUGGAUGGAAUUUGUAGGAACGAACAAGAUUCAUCCAGAAUGGGAUUUAUUUCAGCAAUUUAUUAUUCAACGAUGGCUUGCAGUUAUGCAAGAUGAUUCCAUAUCGUUCUCUCAUCCAGUCAAUAUGAAGCUGACACGAAAUGAAGAAUUAACCGGUAUAUUCGACACCAUCACCUAUUCCAAAGGUUCAUCAUUACUUCGAAUGAUGAGUAAUUUCAUGUCCGAUGCCACGUUCAAUAAAGGUGUGACAAGAUACCUUCGACAUCAUCUAUAUUCGACAGCAACACAAACUGAUCUUUGGCAAGCAUUAGGCGAACAAAUGUCCGAAGAUAACAUCCAAUUACCAAAUAAUACCACACUAGAUACGAUCAUGAAUACAUGGACCAAUCAAUUAGGUUAUCCAUACGUCGAUGUGACAUGUGAUUACACUACGGGAAGAGUGACCGUCAAACAACACCAAUUCCUAUUUGACCCCAAAGCACAACCACCUCAAUCACCGUACAAAUAUCUUUGGUACAUUCCAUUACAAUUCAAAUCUGCAUCUGCAUCUGUAUCGGAUCUAACUUGGUUUCAUCAAGAACGAAUGAAUGUGACGCUGAAUAUCAGUGUACAAGCCAAUCAAUGGAUCUUAGCCAAUCCAAAUUUACUGGGCUUUUUUCGUACGAAUUAUGAUCGACAGAAUUGGAUGUUGAUUCGAGAGCAGUUGAAAUCGAAUCAUAAAAGUUUUACUGUAAUAGAGAGAGCAGGCUUGAUCGACGAUGCAUUCAAUUUAGCACGAGCAAACAUUUUGGAAACGUCACUGGUACUUGAUCUAAUUAAUUAUGUUCAGAAUGAAGACGCCUAUAUCGUUUGGGAGCGUAUUGUUAACGGUCUUUCCUAUAUCGAGCAGAUGAUCGCAUCAAAAAGUUCCAAUAUUGCGCUGUACGAUCAAUAUCAAUCGUAUGUGAUCGAUCUAAUAUCUCCCAUAUACACCAAACUUGGUUGGCAAUCGCAAACUUCCAAUCAAACUGAACAAUGGCUCGAUGGACUCCAUCGCGACUUGAUUAUCUCCAUGGCAUGUCGACAGAAUGUUGACGAUUGUAUACAGCAUGCUCAAUCAUUAUUCAAUCAGUGGUUUGAUCAACCCUCGAACAACUCGAUUGGAGCAAACUUUCGUUCGGUUGUUUACUGUACAGCUGUUCGUCGUGGUACGCGAGUUCAAUUUCAAUAUCUUCUCAAUCAAUACCAACAAUCAAACGAUCCGCAAGAAAAGGCGCGAAUACAAUCUGCAUUAGCAUGUACACGCGAUACUGAAUUGAUUCGAUAUUUAUUGGAAAUUCACAUCGAUUCGCAAUUGAAUAUUAUCCGACCACAAGAUGCUCUGUCAGGCAUACGAGCGAUUUGUCGAAAUCUGAUUGCGGAAACUGAAUGCUGGUCGUUUGUACGCUCGCGAUGGCAACAACUAUUUGAUCAGUUCGGUGGAUCACUAAGUUUUGUUGAUCUGAUCAAAGACAUCACCGCGAGAUUCAAUACUCGACAACAAUUGAGCGAAUUCGAACAGUUUUUCGAACAAACAGCUGACACAAACAACGCGCAAUUUCAAUCGUCAAUCGAACGUAUCCGUAGUAAUAUUCAAUGGAUUGAUAAAGCUAAACCGAACUUAGUUGAAUGGUUCAAUAAUCGAACCAAUGCUAUUCGUCUUCCUUUGCAUUGGAUACCGUCUCACUAUGAACUUCAUUUUGAUUUACAACUCCAAACAGUCUAUCCAAACAAUGCUCAACCUAAUACCCGCUUUACUGGCUAUGCGAGCAUUACUGUUAAUUGUACUCAACCAACCAAUGAAUUUCGAAUCCAUGCAAAUAAACUACAAAUUACAUCCAUCACAUUAAAACGUUUGAAUACGCCGAAUAAUCUGAUUGUCGACUACACAUGGCUAUCCGCUUCGGAGAUCCUAUUCUGUCGGUUACAGGAACGAUGCUUGACCAAUGAGAUAUAUCAAUUCGAAGCCGAAUAUACAACGGAGUUGAGUCAAGAUAUGUCGGGUUUCUAUUUGAGUCAAUAUAAAACAACGAAUGGAACUAUCACACACAAUAUUGCAGCGACGCACAUGCAGCCAACACUAGCACGAACGGUAUUUCCAUGUUUUGAUGAGCCAGGAUUCAAAGCAAAAUUUCGAAUUUCCAUUACACAUGAUUCAAGUUUUACAGUUGUUCGAUCGAAUGGUGCAAUGCUCAACGGAGGACAACCUGUUCAGCAGCCUAAUGGCCGUUUAUUAUCUGAAUUCGAAGAUACACCGCCAAUGUCGACUUAUCUCGUCGCAUUUGUUGUGACUGAUUUCGAAUGUGUCUCAGGUACAACUCCCAAUAAUAUUACAAUUAGUAUUCAGCAUGAUUCAACAUAUACUGUCUGGUCUAAUGCAGAAGUUGAACGAGUUGACACAUUAAAAGAUGGUCAACUCGUGUCGCACUUUCAUCGAACAUUAAACAUGUCAACAUUUCUUUUAGCAAUGAUUAUGGCUCCAUCGUCUGACUUUUCGUGUCGGCCGUAUCGUACGAUUAACUCAACAAGCAUCAGAUCGAGAGUAUGUGGACGUAAAGACAUUCUUCCACAAUUAGCAUAUGCUGAUGAAGUGGCCUAUGACGUUGUGGAGUUUUUCAAUAACUACUUUGGUAUCGAUUAUCCACUGACGAAAAUCGAACAUUUCGCUGUUCCUGAUUUUACUGGUGGGGCAAUGGAGAAUUACGGUUUGCUAAUAUACAAUGAAGUGGGAUUGUUUUUCGACGAGAAAACGGUGCCUGCAUCAUUGAAACAGAGUAUAACUACAUUAAUUGCUCACGAAGUAGCUCAUCAAUGGUUUGGUAAUUUAGUUUCACCUUCUUGGUGGGGUGAUUUGUGGUUGAAAGAAGGUUUUGCUAGUUACAUGGAAACGUUAGCCGCUGAUGCUGUUCAACCGACAUGGAAACAACAAGAACAAUUUGUUGUUGACAAGAUCUUCGACUUCAUGGAAGCAGAUUCAUUGCCAACAUCACGACCAAUUAGUAUUGAGUCUACCAAUCCAGAUGACAUAUUUCAAUUGUACGAUUCGAUCACUUACAGUAAAGGAGCAUCUGUCAUUCGUAUGAUGUCGAUGUUUUUGGAUGCAGAAACAUUUCAACGUGGUAUUCAAGCAUAUUUGAAAAAGUAUAGCUAUAGUUCAGCAACACAGGAAAAUCUAUGGACGUCAUUGAGUGAAGCUAAGAAUAAUACUAUCAAAGUUGCAGAAAUCAUGAAUGGAUGGAUACGACAAGCUGGUUAUCCCGUUGUGGAAGUGAAUCGAAUUAACGACGUCAGCGGUACUCGAAUAGUUAUUAGUCAACGACCGUUCAAUCUCUUGUCGUCAACAAUUACACAACAGAAAUGGUGGAUUCCAUUCAAAUACGUACAACAAUCAUUGAACAAAGAAUUGUCGGAAAGUAAACUUUUCUGGUUGAAUGACACAAGUCAAGAAUUGAAUACCAGUAUAGCAAGUACAAGUUGGAUCUUGGCGAACCCAGGUUAUCUCGGUAUUUAUCGAACAAAGUAUGAUGCACACAAUUUUCGUUUAAUUAUCAAUCAACUUCACGCAGACCAUACGCGCAUUCCAAAUAUUAAUCGUGGCGCUUUAAUAGAUGAUACCUUUGCGCUUUCACGUGCAGGUUUAAUCAACGCAACGGAUGCCUAUGAAUUAAUCCAGUAUCUCAAACGAGAAACAGACUACGUCCCCUGGAUAGCAGCACUUUCUUCUAUGCGUCAACAGGAAGAAUUACUUUCCAACCAGAACAUUCUGACGGAUGUGCAAACUUACUUCCUCGAACUCAUUCUUCCAAUUUACAAUCGAAUCGGAUGGAUGUCAAUCGAUUCUACUACAGAUUGGCUCCAAGUCCUUUUACAACCAGAUAUUGUUUCAGCGGUUUGCCAUUAUCGUCAUUCGGCGUGUAUUGAAGCAGCGCGUAGUGCUUAUCGCCGAUGGUAUUUAAAUCCGAGCCUCAACGAAAUUCCUCCAGACCUUCGUUCGACUGUUUAUUGUACGGUCGUUCGCGAAGGUUCCAAAUCUGUCUUCGACUUCUUCUGGACUCGUCUCGCACAAGAAACAGUCGCGAGUGAAACAUUAAAUCUUCUUCGAGGACUUGCUUGUGUCGAAAACCCAUCGUUGGUUAUUUGGUUUCUCGAUCAACAUCUGGCGAAUGAUUCGAUAAUUCGUGAUCAAGAUAUUCUUUGGUCAGUUGCGAAUGUCGCUCGUUCAGCGCGAGUCAAUCAAAUCGCUUGGAACUGGAUUCGUGAUAAUUGGUCGAGACUUUUUCAAAAAUGGGGUAAGAUAGAGAGCGAUUUAGGAGAUGUUAUCGAAGCUGCAUCAAGUCGGUUUGUUACUACUCGACAACGAGAUGAAUUCCAAACAUUUGCCGACUCAAUUCCUGAUAAAGGCACAGCCUCUCGUCAAUUUCAAUUAUCUACGGACCGAAUUCGUGCAAAUCUUGAAUGGAAUAUAAAAAAUCUCGGCUCGAUCGUUGCAUAUUUUCGUUCCAACAACCAAUCUACAGUUAUCAGUUAUCGUCUACCGUCGGAUAUUAUACCCAUUCAUUACGAUCUUUUCGUUAAACCUUAUCUGAACAUCACUAAUGAUAAUAUUCGUUCAUCUACCUUCGAUGGACGAGUUAGUAUCCAACUAAACGUGUCUCAUCCGACCAACCAGAUUAUUUUACACAAGCGUUUUAUCGAAAUCAAAGGUGCAGUGGAAGUUACCGGUUCUGCAUCUGUUGUUUCCACGAGUUUUAACGAAGAUCUGGAUUUUUUUACGAUCGUACUCAAUCGAACACUUCAAAUCAAUGAGCAACCAACUCUAAGAAUAAAUUACAUCGGAGAAUUACGAAGCGACACCAAUGGUUUUUAUCUUAGCUCCUACGUACGAUCAUCCGAUAAAACUCGACGAUAUCUAGUUGCAUCACAGAUGGAACCGAUCGCAGCACGGCGAGCUCUCCCAUGUUUCGACGAGCCAAUGUUCAAAGCUACGUUUACGGUCACCGUCGAACACGAACAACAGUAUCGAGUAUGGAGCAAUAUGCCGAUUCGAAAUAGUAGCAAUCAAUUGAAUGGUUGGACGUCGACGCAAUUUGAAAAAACAGUGCCGAUGUGUUCGUAUCUGUUGGCAUUAGUUGUUGCUGAUUUUGAAUGUAUUACACAAAACAAUACAGGAUUCUAUAGAAAUAUCACGACCAAUGUAUGUGCACAAACCGAAAAGAAAGAAUCGUUAAGUUAUGCACUCGAAAUUGCCGCGAAGAGUAUUCACGAUUUUGAAGAACAAUAUCAAAUCAGCUAUCCUAUAUCCAAAUGUGAUCAUAUCGCUAUACCUGACUUCGAUGCCGGUGCAAUGGAGAAUUUCGGCUGCAUUCUUUAUCGAGAAACACGACUCUUCUAUAACAAUCGAACAUCAUCAUCAUCUAAUAAACAAAGUGUUGCUGCCGUCAUUGCACAUGAACUUGCUCAUCAAUGGUUCGGUAACCUUGUUUCACCGGCAUGGUGGGAUGAUUUAUGGUUGAAUGAAGGCUUUGCCAAAUGGAUGGAAUUUGUAGGAACAAACAAGAUUCAUCCAGAAUGGGAUUUAUUUCAGCAAUUUAUUAUUCAACGAUGGCUUGCAGUUAUGCAAGAUGACUCUAUAUCGUUCUCUCAUCCAGUCAAUAUGAAAUUGACACGAAAUGAAGAAUUAACCGGUAUAUUCGACACCAUCACCUAUUCCAAAGGCUCAUCAUUACUUCGAAUGAUGAGUAAUUUCAUGUCCGAUGCCACGUUCAAUAAAGGUGUGACAAAAUACCUUCGACGUCAUCUAUAUUCGACAGCAACGCAAACUGAUCUUUGGCAAGCAUUAGGCGAACAAAUGUCCGAAGAUAACAUCCAAUUACCAAAUAAUACCACACUAGAUACGAUCAUGAAUACAUGGACCAAUCAAUUAGGUUAUCCAUACGUCGAUGUGACACGUGAUUACAUUACGGAAAGAGUGACCGUCAAACAACACCAAUUCCUAUUUGAUCCCAAAGCACAACCACCUCAAUCACCGUACAAAUAUCUUUGGUAUAUUCCAUUACAAUUCAAAUCUGUAUCUGCAUCUGUAUCGGAUCUAACUUGGUUUCAUCAAGAACGAAUGAAUGUAACGCUGAAUAUCAGUGUACAAGCCAAUCAAUGGAUCUUAGCCAAUCCAAAUUUACUAGGCUUUUUUCGUACGAAUUAUGAUCGACAGAAUUGGAUGUUGAUUCGGGAGCAGUUGAAAUCGAAUCAUAAAAGUUUCACUGUAAUAGAAAGAGCAGGCUUGAUCGACGAUGCAUUCAAUUUAGCACGAGCAAAUAUUCUGGAAACAUCACUGGUACUUGAUCUAAUUAGUUAUGUUCGGAGUGAAGAUGCCUAUAUCGUUUGGGAGCGUAUUGUUAACGGUCUUUCCUAUAUCGAGCAGAUGAUCGCAUCGAAAAGUUCCGAUAUUACGCUAUACGACCAAUAUCAAUCGUAUGUGAUCGAUCUAAUAUCUCCCAUAUACGCCAAACUCGGGUGGCAAUCGCAAACUUCCAAUCAAACUGAACAAUGGCUCGAUGGACUCCAUCGCGACUUGAUUAUCUCCAUGGCAUGUCGACAGAACGUUGACGAUUGUAUACAGCAUGCUCAAUCAUUAUUCGAUCAGUGGUUUGACCAACCAUCGAACAACUCGAUCGGAGCAAACUUUCGUUCAGUUGUGUACUGUACAGCUGUUCGCCGUGGUACGCGAGUUCAAUUUCAAUAUCUUCUCAAUCAAUACCAACAAUCAAACGAUCCGCAAGAAAAGUCACGAAUACAAUCUGCAUUAGCAUGUACACGCGAUACUGAAUUGAUUCGAUAUUUAUUGGAAAUUCAUAUCGAUUCGCAAUUGAAUAUUAUCCGACCACAAGAUGCUCUGUCAGGCAUACGAGCGAUUUGUCGAAAUCUGAUUGCAGAAACGGAAUGCUGGUCGUUUGUACGCUCACGAUGGCAACAGCUAUUUGAUCAGUUCGGUGGAUCGCUAAGUUUUGUUGAUCUGAUCAAAGACAUCACCGCGAGAUUCAAUACCCGACAACAAUUGAGCGAAUUCGAACAGUUUUUCGAACAAACAGCUGACACAAACAAUGCACAAUUUCAAUCGUCAAUCGAACGUAUCCGUAGUAAUAUUCAAUGGAUUGAUAAAGCUAAACCGAAUUUAGUUGAAUGGUUCAAUAAUCGAACCAAUGCUAUUCGUCUUCCUUUGCAUUGGAGACCGUCUCACUACGAACUUCAUUUUGAUUUACAACUCCAAACAGUGUAUCCAAACAAUGCUCAACCUAAUACCCGCUUUACUGGCUAUGCGACCAUUACUGUUAAUUGUACUCAACCAACCAAUGAAUUUCGAAUCCAUGCAAAUAAACUACAAAUGACAUCCAUCAGAUUAAAACGUUUGAAUACACCGAAUAAUCUGAUUGUCGACUACACAUGGCUAUCCGCUUCGGAAAUCCUAUUCUGUCGGUUACGGGAACGAUGCUUGACCAAUGAAAUAUAUCAAUUCGAAGCCGAAUAUACAACGGAGUUGAGUCAAGAUAUGUCGGGUUUCUAUUUGAGUCAAUAUAAAACAACGAAUGGAGCUAUCACACACAAUAUUGCAGCGACGCACAUGCAGCCAACACUAGCACGAACAGUAUUUCCAUGUUUUGAUGAACCAGGAUUCAAAGCAAAAUUUCGCAUUUCCAUUACACAUGAUUCAAGUUUUACAGUUGUUCGAUCGAAUGGUGCAAUGCUCAACGGAGGACAACCUGUUCAGCAACCUAAUGGCCGUUUAUUAUCUGAAUUCGAAGAUACACCGCCAAUGUCGACUUAUCUCGUCGCAUUUGUUGUGACUGAUUUCGAAUGUGUCUCAGAUACACCGCCAAUGUCGACUUAUCUCGUCGCAUUUGUUGUGACUGAUUUCGAAUGUGUCUCAGGUACAACUCCCAAUAAUAUUACAGUUAAUAUUUGUGGACGACCUGAUGCAAUUCUCAACGGUGAUGGUAAUUAUGCUCUUGAAGUUAGUGUUAAAGUUAUACCAUAUUAUGAACUAUCCUACAAUGUUUCAUAUCCGUUGAGUAAAUGCGAUCAAUUUGCAUUACCUGAUUUCGCUAUCGGUGGAAUGGAAAACUGGGGUCUAAUCACCUAUCGUGAAACAGCACUGCUUUAUAAUAAUAAAACUGGCACUCUAGCGAAUAAACAACGUGUCGGCGAAGUUGUCGCACAUGAAUUAGCCCAUCAAUGGUUUGGAGAUAUUGUCACACCACAAUGGUGGAAUGAUAUUUGGUUAAAUGAAGGCUUUGCUUCGUGGGUUGAAGUAUUAGGUUUGAAUCAUUCGAAUCCUGAAUUUCGAUCUUUCGAUACAUUUGUUAGCGAUGUGCUUCAUCCAGUCCUGAUUAUGGAUAGUCUAUAUUCAACUCAUCCGAUCAGCGUAGAAGUUACUCAUCCCGAUGAAAUCAAUUCCAUCUUCGAUGCUAUUUCAUAUAACAAAGGUGCAUCGAUUCUUCGAAUGCUUUACACUGUUCUCGGUCAAUCAACUUUCUUCAAGGGUGUAAGUGAUUACUUGAAUCAUUUUCGUUAUGGUAACGCCGUUCAAGACGAGCUAUGGACCUUCCUUAAUGCUGCCAUCAAUCCAUCUCUACUUGAUAAUCACUCUGUAAAAACAAUUAUGGACACGUGGACUCUUCAAGAAGGAUAUCCUCUCCUCACGGUUAUACGCAACAGCACCGAUAAUUCGAUCGUGCUUACUCAAAAACGGUACUUUCUUGAUCCGUACGAACUAAAUCAAACAUCUCUCAAUGUCAAUUCAUUUCAAUGGUAUAUUCCAUUUAACUACAUGACAUCAUCAAACUCGUCAUCAAUUCAAUGGGUCGCUCCAAAUCAAACUCGAAUAUUACCGAAUAUUGUAUCGAAUAAUANUCCUCUCCUCACGGUUAUACGCAACAGCACCGAUAAUUCGAUCGUGCUUACUCAAAAACGGUACUUUCUUGAUCCGUACGAACUAAAUCAAACAUCUCUCAAUGUCAAUUCAUUUCAAUGGUAUAUUCCAUUUAACUACAUGACAUCAUCAAACUCGUCAUCAAUUCAAUGGGUCGCUCCAAAUCAAACUCGAAUAUUACCGAAUAUUGUAUCGAAUAAUAAUUGGAUUGUAUUUAAUAGUGAUGAGUUCGGAUUCUAUCGUGUUAAUUACGAUCAAGCCAAUUGGGAAUUGAUUAUUAAACAAUUAGCAACUGAUCGUACAUCGUUUUCUAUCGUAACACGUGCACAAAUGAUCGACGACACAUUCAAUUUAGCUCGGUCAUCUGACUUGAACGUUACUUUUGCGUUAAAGCUUGCGACUUAUUUAAUUAACGAAACUGAUUACGUGCCUUUUCGAACGUUCUCAAUCAAUAUUUAUUAUCCAUUAGUAAUGUUUAGUCAAAAUCCGGAUGGCGUCGACUAUCAGAACAUGCAAAAAUUCAUUCAGAAACUUGAAGAAAAACAAUAUAAUUCAUCGAUAUUCUCUAUGCAACAAGAAUUACAAUCACUGGAUUAUUUUACACGACAAUUACGUGCUAUGGUCAUCUCGGAUCUUUGUGCUAACGGAUAUGAUCGAUGUAUUAAGGAUUUGGUUGAGAAAUACGACCAAUGGCGUUCAAAUUCCACCGCUAAUCCGAUUACUCCUGAUAUUCGAACUGUGACAUAUUGUCAAGGUAUUAAAAAUGGUACUAUUCAGGAUUAUGAAAACAUGAAAACAUUGUAUAAAGAAAGUAAUGACCAAGUGGAAAAGAAUCGUUAUGGUUAUGCACUAACAUGUACACGAAAUAAAACUCUUUUGGAAGAAUUACUCAAUACAACGUUAGGGAACGAUUAUAUUCGUCUUCAAGACGCAUCGAGAUUCAUCAAUAAUAUUCGUCUUCAACCAGGUGGACAAAAACUUGCUUGGAAGUUUAUUAGUCAACAAUGGAAAGAACUGGUUCACGUCUUUGGUAGUAUCAGUUUUACUCUGUCAGAUAUUGUCAGCAAUGUUCUGGAAUAUAUGAAUACAGAGAACGAUUUGCAAGCUGUGCAGAUGUUCAUGGAGGAAACAGAUGAUUUAUCGCUUGCCGAACGAGCUUUUCUUUCGUCCGUUGAAAAGAUAAAAGCCAAUAUUCGAUGGAUGAACACGAUUGGACCAGAUACUGGCACAUGGCUAAAGAACUAUCUAUCCAAAAUCAAUAUGAACAGUUAA